AUGGCAAAGCUGUUUGUUAAUUCUUGCGCCUUGGUUUUCCUGCUCCUCCUCUCUACAUCAGUGAAAAGUGGAGUGAGUCAAGAACCUGGGAGGUGCAUGAAAUCGUUCGACUGUCCCGGGUGUGAUAAGGCAGCUUGCAGGCAACAAUGCAGGUCCAAUUGUACUGCUCCUACCUACAAACAUGGAUUUGGGUCCUGCAAAACAGACCCUUCUACUCAGCAGCAAGGGGCUGAGUUGAUGGGCAAGCAUGGGAUCAAUGUCCCAAGGGGAGUUGCUGUUUCUUCUGUUGAUGAAAUCAAAAAGGUGAUUCAGGAUGUGUUUCCCAAGGAAAAUGAGUUGGUUGUCAAAAGCCAAAUUUUGGCAGGUGGACGAGGCUUGGGAACAUUCAAAAGUGGUCUUAAAGGUGGAGUACAUAUUGUCAAGGCUGAUCAAGUUGAAGACAUAGCAAGCAAGAUGCUUGGGCAGAUACUUGUUACCAAACAAACUGGUCCACAAGGCAAAGUUGUCAGCAAGGUAUACUUGUGCGAGAAGUUGUCUCUUGUUAAUGAGAUGUACUUUGCUAUCACCCUCGACCGUAAAACUGCUGGCCCAAUCAUAAUUGCCUGCAGAAAAGGCGGAACCAGCAUUGAAGACCUUGCUGAAAAAUUCCCUGAUAUGAUUGUUAAGGUACCAAUUGAUGUUUUUAAAGGAAUAACUGAUGAAGAUGCUGCUAAGGUUGUAGAUGGCUUGGCUCCCAAAGUGGCCGAUAGAAAGGAGUCAAUUGAGCAAGUGAAGAAACUCUAUAAACUUUUCUGUGACUGCGAUUGCACAUUGUUAGAAGUGAGUCUCAUUCCACAAAUGCUGAUGUUAAAGUACUAA